CCCAAGAGGUGGGGUUAACAUCUGCUGUGCACGCGCAUCCAGUACCCUUAUCUCUGCACCGCCUCUCCAGCGCGCUCGCAUCCCUGGCUUAGUGCGCGUUCCGGGCGGGCUCGGAGUACGAGGUGUAGGUCGGGGGCGCGCCGGGCCGGAGGAAAUACAGUCAGAUAAACCCGGUCGCAUUAUAGCCAGGCAAACCGGCUCGGAGCUUCUCCGCUGCUUUGUUGGUCCGGGCUUUGCCUCUUGCUCUGUGGGUGAAGAUGCCGGCCGUGUCCAAAGGAGAUGGCAUGCGGGGCCUGGCCGUGUUCAUCUCGGAUAUCAGGAAUUGUAAAAGCAAAGAAGCGGAAAUUAAAAGGAUAAACAAGGAACUGGCUAAUAUUCGCUCCAAGUUUAAGGGAGAUAAAGCUUUGGAUGGUUACAGCAAGAAGAAAUAUGUCUGCAAGCUGCUGUUUAUCUUCCUACUUGGCCAUGACAUUGACUUUGGCCACAUGGAGGCAGUGAAUCUGCUCAGUUCCAACAAGUACACGGAGAAGCAGAUUGGUUACCUCUUCAUUUCGGUGCUGGUGAAUUCAAAUAGUGAGCUCAUCCGCCUAAUCAAUAAUGCCAUCAAAAAUGACUUGUCUAGCCGCAACCCCACCUUCAUGGGACUGGCUCUGCAUUGUAUUGCCAAUGUAGGUAGUAGAGAGAUGGCAGAGGCCUUUGCUGGAGAGAUCCCGAGGAUACUGGUUGCUGGAGACACCAUGGACAGUGUUAAACAGAGUGCUGCCCUCUGCCUCUUGCGCCUCUACCGCACCUCUCCUGACCUGGUGCUCACCAAUGAGUGGACUUCACGCGUAGUGCAUCUGCUUAAUGACCAACACCUGGGAGUAGUAACUGCUGCCACCAGUCUGAUAACCACCCUUGCACAGAAGAACCCUGAAGAGUUUAAAACAUCAGUUUCCUUGGCAGUGUCCCGUUUGAGCAGGAUUGUGACUUCAGCCUCCACAGAUCUGCAGGAUUACACAUACUACUUUGUCCCAGCUCCCUGGCUUUCCGUGAAACUUCUAAGGCUGUUACAGUGUUAUCCUCCCCCAGAGGACCCCGCUGUGCGAGGACGACUUACAGAGUGCUUGGAAACCAUUUUGAACAAAGCCCAAGAGCCCCCGAAAUCCAAGAAGGUGCAGCACUCUAACGCCAAGAAUGCUGUGCUCUUUGAAGCAAUCAGCCUAAUUAUUUAUCAUGACAGUGAGCCCAACCUGCUAGUCCGGGCAUGCAACCAGCUGGGCCAGUUCCUGCAGCAUCGGGAGACCAACCUGCGCUACCUGGCAUUGGAAAGCAUGUGUACCCUGGCCAGCUCCGAGUUCUCACACGAGGCUGUCAAGACACAUAUCGAGACCGUAAUCAAUGCACUAAAGACAGAAAGGGACGUAAGUGUGCGACAACGUGCCGUGGAUCUCUUAUAUGCUAUGUGUGACCGCAGCAAUGCUCAACAGAUUGUAGCAGAGAUGCUAAAUUACUUGGAGACUGCAGAUUACUCCAUAAGGGAAGAGAUUGUUCUCAAGGUAGCAAUCCUUGCCGAAAAGUAUGCAGUCGAUUACACGUGGUAUGUGGACACUAUCCUUAACCUCAUUCGUGUAGCUGGGGACUAUGUCAGUGAAGAAGUCUGGUACAGGGUUAUCCAGAUUGUCAUUAACAGAGAUGAUGUUCAGGGAUAUGCAGCCAAAACAGUAUUUGAGGCUCUCCAGGCUCCUGCCUGUCAUGAAAAUCUGGUCAAAGUUGGAGGAUAUAUUUUGGGCGAGUUUGGUAAUCUAAUUGCUGGUGAUCCACGUUCUAGCCCUUUGAUCCAGUUUAAUCUUUUACACUCAAAGUUCCAUCUUUGCAGUGUACCUACCAGGGCUCUGCUGCUCUCGGCCUACAUAAAGUUUAUUAACCUCUUCCCUGAGAUUAAACCCACCAUCCAAGAUGUGCUACGAAGUGACAGCCAGCUCAGAAAUGCCGAUGUGGAGCUUCAGCAAAGAGCUGUGGAAUAUUUGCGUCUAAGCUCAAUCGCCAGUAAUGACAUCUUGGCCACUGUUUUGGAGGAGAUGCCGCCUUUCCCUGAACGGGAAUCCUCAAUCUUGGCCAAGCUGAAGAAAAAGAAGGGUCCCAGCACAGUCACUGACCUGGAAGACACAAAGAAGGAGAAAAACAGCUCUGAUGUGAAUGGGGGCACUGAGCCCGCUCCUGUUAGCACAUCGUCCACGCCCUCUCCUUCUGCUGACCUCUUGGGCCUGGGAGCUCCAUCUACUACCAGCCCUGGAGCACCCACUGCUGCAUCCUCCGAUAGUCUGCUUGUGGACGUUUUUGCAGAUGCAUCAUUGCCAGUUGCUGCUGUCGCUACAGAGGCGGAAGAUAACUUUUCAAGUGAAGUUCCAACUUUCUCAGAAGGGGCAUCUGGGGAGCCAGACCCUUCUGUACAUGAUGCAGAUGAUUUCUACUUCAAGUUUAUCUGCAAAAAUAAUGGCGUCCUGUUCGAGAAUCAGCUGCUGCAGAUUGGCUUGAAAUCAGAGUUUCGCCAAAAUUUGGGUCGUAUGUUUAUUUUCUAUGGAAACAAGAUGUCUUCUCAGUUCCAGAACUUCACUUCAACACUAAUUUGCUCAGAUGAGCUUAAAGCCAGUCUGAAUCUCCAGUCUAAGCCAGUGGAAUCCACAGUUGAUGGAGGUGCCCAGGUGCAGCAAGUGGUCAACAUUGAGUGCGUGGAGGAGUUUGUGGAGGCCCCAGUCCUCAACAUCCAGUUCAGGUACGCGGGUGCUUUCCAAAAUUUCUCGGUGACGCUGCCCAUCACUGUCAAUAAAUUUUUUCAACCAACUGAAAUGGAAGGCCAAGACUUUUUUCAGCGUUGGAAACAGCUCAGUGGGCCCAAGCAAGAAGUGCAGAACAUUUUCAAGGCAAAGCUUCCGAUGGAUACUGAAAUCACUAAAGCAAAGCUCAUUGGAUUUGGACCUGCCCUUUUAGAAAAUGUCGAUCCAAACCCGUCCAAUUUCGUGGCCGCUGGAAUCAUCCAAGCAAAAUCCCGGCAGGUAGGAUGCCUGCUACGCCUCGAACCCAAUGUGCAGGCACAGAUGUACCGGCUCACCAUCCGCACAAGUAAAGAAGAUGUAUCCCAGAGACUGUGUGACCUGCUCUCUGAGCAGUUUUAGACCUCAAUCACUCUGGUUCCAGAACCCAUGUCUUUGUGAUCUUCCCUUUACUGCCAGUUCCUUAUCAUCUCAGUGAAAAUAAAUAUUCCCAACACAU